AUGGGCAAAGUCAGAUCUAGACGAAACUCCCUAAUCUAUCGUACCACGUUCUUCCGGGAAUUAACACCAUCAUCAUCAGAUCUAGAAGACUGGGACGCUGAAACUGUCAUGGACCCGUCAUCAAGGCCAACAAGCUGGGCCAUACCGCGGACUGGCUCCCCUUUUCUGAACACCCCGACUCUAGAUGACAUUCUUUCAAACACAGCACCCCAACCAUGGACUCUCAGUGCUUUCAUGGCUUAUUUGUCACAGAACCAUUGCCUCGAAACUCUCGAGUUUGUAAUGGACGCUGCAAGGUACCGAACCACACACUUGCAGAUGGUUCAAGGACAGCUAUACGUUGGAAAAGAUUACAUAUGUGGGCUAUGGGAGAAAAUUAUCGGGGCAUACAUUCUGCCUGGCGCCCCUCGUGAAGUCAACAUCCCCGCACCUGUUCGUGAUCGACUUCUCAGUCUAACCUUCACGACCUCCACCCCGCCUGAUCCGACGGAAUUAGACGAAGCUACUAUGAUUGUAAAAGAAUUGAUGAAUGAUUCAGUGCUGGUACCUUUCUUGGAGUCGGUUGUGCCUGUAACGAUCGGAGCCCACCUCGAAGAAGACAUGAGGCCUCGGCAGGAACGCACGCGGCUACGAAUUCCUAAAGACAUCGGAUCCGAAGAAUCCAGCCAGUCUCCGAUAGCGACAAUCCUGCCACUAUUUGGCAUGGGACGCAACACGAGUCGGUCCAACUCGGGCUCGAGUGAUUCCCCAGAGGUCGAGAUGACCGAUGAUAGUUUGAGUCCCAGUUCUACUCCAACCGCCGAACCCAUGACUCCACCCACCACGCCACCUACUUCUGAUUUCUCUUUCCACCCUUCACCCAAAGCUUUCCAGCGUGCUCUCUCUGGAACCAGCUGGAAAAAGGUUGGCGCGAAGCUCGGAUUAGGAAGGAAGAGUAAGUCUUCACGUUCUAGCUCACCGACCGUGAGCGCGCCAUCCUCUCACCCCACGCAACCCAGCCAAUCUCCCUUAUAG